AUGGCGACAAAUCGGUUCUUCUGCGAAAUCUGUAACAAGGGUUUUCAGAGAGAACAGAACCUUCAGCUUCACAGAAGAGGCCACAACCUCCCAUGGAAGCUGAAGCAAAGAACAAACGAUGAUCAGGUCAGGAAGAAAGUGUAUAUCUGCCCUGAGAAGAGCUGCGCACAUAAUGAUCCAGCUCGAGCCCUAGGAGACCUCACUGGAAUCAAGAAGCAUUUCAGCAGGAAACAUGGAGAGAAAAACUUGAAAUGCGACAAGUGUUCCAAGAAGUAUGCUGUGAUAUCCGAUUGGAAAGCUCAUAUCAAGAUUUGUGGUAGCAGAGAGUAUCGAUGUGAUUGUGGUACCCUCUUCUCCAGGAAGGACAGUUUCAUCACACAUAGAGCCUUUUGCGAUGCCUUGGCUGAUGAAACUACAAAAUUCGUCUCAUCCGUUCCAUCACCCUUAGCCGCCAAUUCGACCAUCUCCAUAGCCGCUGCUCAAAACAGUCCAAUUCUUAGUCAGCCACAACUGGAUUAUUCUCUCACACGUACGGCCGGUCUUAACGUCAACCGCAAUCAAACCACUUUGUCGGGAUACAACGUCACCAGUUCCGACCAAAUCCCACUACAAACCAAUGCUUUCGCGUUAUCAUCGCCACAAUCACCUCGUGGCACAUCUGAUUCGGUUCACCAUCUAUGGAAGUUACAAGGAGAGGGUUCACACCACUGGCUACUCAAUGAACAUAUGCACAACAGCAAAAACGUUCUUCAUAAGGGAAUAUCCAACAAUCAAGAAGAUGAGACCAAGAAGGGAAACAUCUACAGUGGCUCGAAUCCAAGUACCGGUCCAAACAUGGCAUCCUUUUUCUUGAAUAACCAAGAAAGGAAUCUGGCUUCAAUGUCAGCAACUACAUUGCUUCAAAAGGCGGCUCAAAUGGGAUCAUCAUCGAGCUCCAAAAACAGCACCAUGUUUGGGCUAGUGACUUCCUCCAUCUUCAAUACGAUGCCAGACACCAACUGUUUCAAGCCGAAGAAUAAGGAAGAAGAGUUGACCAGAGACUUUCUUGGUGUGGGAAGUAAAGAUGACCAACAAGGUCUUCAGCAUCAUCAAUUCUCAUCAAGCGGGCCAUUGACUGGAGGCGGAGAAGCAACCGUAGACAUGGCGUCAGAUUCUGAAAACACUCGCUUUUCUUGA